AUGGCACCUCAGUAUCAUCGUGUCUCCAGUGAGGAUGUGGAGCUGGAGUCUCAUCUGGAUGCGCCUCUGCUCGAUCUUGAACCGCUAGAAGAUGACGCAGUAAGCGAUAACGAAAGCCUGCAUUCACAUUCAGAACCGAUUCCUAGUUAUCGAUUUUCACGAUGGGGCGUUCAUUCACCGAAACGGAUCGUUAUCUUGAUUGCCACCAUCAAAUUUGCUGUUGUUUUGAGCGGGAUGUUGUUACUUUUGCCGACUGCGCGUUUGAUUGAGGAUAUGUUCUGUCAUAUACACUAUCAGGAUACAUCCACGGACAUCAUCGAUGAGAUGAAAUGCAAGGUUGAUGAGGUUCAAUCUCAGCUUGGAUACUUGUAUGGCUGGAACAGUCUCAUCACAUCUAUUGUUGGUCUUGUCGUAGCCUUUCCUUAUGGAAUGAUGUCCGAUAAGAUUGGUCGUAAACCAACUGUUAUGUUAGCAUGGUCUGGCAUCGCUGUGUGCUUUCUUUUUGCUCCCUUCAGCAUGAAGGCGUUUCAAGGCGAGCUUCGAGAAAAGCCAUAUCUUUUGAUCAUGGGAGGCUUCUUUCAGAUAUUUGGUGGCGGCGUUCCGGUAAUGUUUUCUACCCUCUAUUCGAUCGCAGCCGAUGUCAGUUCGGAGGAAGACAAGGCCAAGCAUUUCUUAUGGCUCACAUUUGGUGCUACUUCGGGAGGUAUUUCCGGCCCUAUUAUUGCAGGCGUCCUCAUGAACAAGUACGGACCUUGGGUUCCGGUCUACUUUGUCUUUGCCACUGUUCCCAUCAUCGUGGGCAUCCUCUGUUUGCUCCCUGAAACCUUGACUAUCAACCUCAAGCAUCAGAAAGCUCAGGCGGGUAAAAGCUCUCCAACCACCUUCAAGGAGCAUAUAUCGCAUGCAAUCGAAGAUCUCAGGCAUUCAGUUGGCAUACUCAAGGACCCAAGUGUUCUUAUGAUCAUGGUGACAUUCUUCGUGACGAAUGCACGAUUUACGGCUUACACGACAACCCUGGGCCAAUACAUAAGCAAGCAUUUCAAGUGGAAGAUGGCUGAAGUGAGCUUGAUUCUAUCUCCUCUGGGAAUUCUCAAUCUCAUCAUCCUGGCCGGCUUGCCCAAGGUUUCGGAGAUUCUGGUAUCCCCUCGAUUUCGAAUGUCGGCAUUUGGCAAGGAUUUAUUCUUGACGCGCAUCUCAACCGGAACACUCGCAGUCGCAGCCUUUUGGCAGGGUAUCAGCCAUAACGCUGUCAUGUUCCUUUUUGGUCUCUUCAUUGGAACAUUUGGUGCGGCCGACAGUCCUCUGGCUCGCGCAACGGUUACACAUUACGUGCAACCUGAGUAUACUGCUCGACUAUAUGCCUUGAUAGGUAUGAUUGAGGUGAUAGGGUCUUUUAUUGGAGGACCGGUUUUGGCUUGGUUCUUCGAUCAAGGUCUUAAGCGAAAAGGCAUAUGGAUUGGACUGCCUUGGUUUUACAUCUCAUUCCUCUGUUCGCUGGCUUGGAUUGCACUUUUCUUUGUUAAGCCACCCAAGAAACGCUCAAGAGAAGACCCAACAGACAGCGAUGGCUACGAAACAGAUGAUUAUAUGCCGGAUGAUCCAUUGCGGCUUCAGUAG